CACCAACGAGAGUAUUUAAAAGAAAACGCGAGGAAAAGGCUGCUGCGCGUUAAAACCCGAGCGCAAUAUUAUUUUUUUUUACUCUGCGCGCCGUUUACGACCGAAAUUUUAGCCAGCACAUCCCAAAUCAAAUAGAAUAUCACGAAUUGGUAUUUUUCCUGCUGGCCGAGUUUAGUGAAAUUGUGAUACAUUAUUUGCUGGCAACAAACUCUAUUCGUGGUGUGUUCAUUUAUUCCGAUUCGACGAUUUUCGAGUGACGCCUCGAUUUUGUUUGUUUGUUUGCCCACUUACGUGAGCCAAACGGAGGUGAAAUCUUGCAUUUUCCAUUUGUUUACGCCAGCCGACCGAGAGGAAAAGUGAAAAGAAAAGCAUCGACGAGGCGAAACGGAGCGCAAAAAGCUAUGUGCACAUAGCGCACAACUUGCAGAUUGAGGCCAAGACGAGAACGCGAAACCAGAGAUCUUGACCAGGCAGCAGAAGCCUACGAUGGACUGCAGACCGACCAGGUUGCGCGGCCCACUCGCCGGCGCACUCCUGCUGCUCGCGGUGUCCCUCAGCUUGGGCAGCGACGAGCUCCCGCCGCCACGCCCCUCGCCGCCGCCCACCGUGAAGCUCAACAAGUGCUGCCACUCGGGGGAGUACCUGAACAGCACCAGCGGCGCCUGCAUCGCCGGCAGCGAGGCCCUGUGGCUGCCCAUGGUGUACCUGGUGCAGCAGCAGCGCUUCUUCGAGCCCCACGGCGCCAGACCGCGCUUCAUGAAGUUCCUGCCCAAGAGCCGCCCCGCCUGCCGCCAGGACCAGAGGCAGGAGCAGUUCCGCAGCCGCGGCGCCAACGUGAUGCUCUUCCCCAACGGCACCUUGUACGUGCGGGAGCGCGGGCUGCUGGUGGAGCCGCAGGACUACUGCGUCGACUGGGAGGUGGCCCUGGUGUGCCUCAACCACACCGCGGACGCCCUGGAGGAUGCGGGACAAGCCACUGCCUGGCAGAAGGAUCAGCCAGCGCUUCGCCUGCGCAAGUGCUGCGGCAAGUGGGGCAGCUACAACACUCAGCUGCAGAACUGCGACCUCCAGCCCAGCCACCCGGUGGACGGCCUCCUCCGGCUGGCCCCGCAGCUCCCCGAGGGCAGCUACCUGACCAGCUACGGCCUGCCCGAGUGCGCCCGCUCCGGGGGCUAUUCAAUAGCCGGGGACUGGCAGAAGGCCAGCCUGGAUCGGGAGUCGGCCAGUCUGCAGCUGCCGCACAAGAACCUGACCGCCGACCAGUACUGCCUGGAGCACACUCAGCGCCUGGGCGAGGUGAAGAUCAUUGCCUGCGAGCACUUGUUCCGCGCCGAAGGAGGAGUCGGCGGCGGCCAGGAGGGAUCCCCCGGAGCCGCCCUGCACGAAGUCAACGGCCAGAACCUGCAGAAGGCCGUCCUCACGGGGGGCAUACUCGUGUCCAUAUUCUUUCUGGCCGCCACCUUGGUGGCCGGCUUCCUGCUGCCCGCCGUCCACCACGCCCUCCACUGGCGCUGCCAGAUCUGCUACAUCUUCUGCCUGCUGCUGGGCAAGGUGCUGCUGGCCAUCGAGGAGCUGAGCUCCAGCCUGCAGCCGGGCAGCAUCACCUGCCUGCUGCUGGCCAUCUGCAUGCAGUUCUUCUUCCUGGCCGCCUUCUUCUGGCUGAACACCAUGUGCUUCAACAUCUGGUGGACCUUCCGAGACUUCCGGCCCAGCUCGCUGGAACGCAACCAGGAGGCCCUGCGCCUCUUCCUCUACUCCCUGUACGCCUGGGGCGGCCCGCUGCUCAUCACCUUUGUGGCCGCCUGCGUGGACCAGCUGCCGGAGACGAGUCUGCUCAGGCCGGGAUUCGGACAGGUGUAUUGCUGGUACGACAACCGCAACCUCUCCAUCUUCGCCUACUUCUACGGACCCAUUGGCCUGCUGCUCUGCGCCAACAUAGCGCUCUUCGUGUCCACCACCCACCAGCUGACCUGCGGCCUGUGGAAGCGGGACGAUGUCAAGUCAUCCACGGAGAAGUCCGCACUGGGCAGGGUCUGCCUGAAGCUGGUGGUCGUGAUGGGCGUCACCUGGAUAGCGGACAUCCUGUCCUGGCUGGUGGGUGGGCCCCACGGCGCCUGGUUCUUCACCGACCUGAUCAACGCCCUGCAGGGUGUGUUCAUCUUCAUCGUGGUGGGCUGCCAGCCGCAGGUGUGGACCGCCUGCCGCAGGAUCUUCUGCCCGAGGUUGCGCCACGACAUCACCAACACCACGAACGGGGUGCAGCACUCGAGCAGUUCGCAGGGACUGCCCUCGUUGGCCGGCGGCACAGAGAUCACCCAGAACACCAGCAUGCCCAGCAUGCCCAGCAGUCCGGCCCCGGACAGCUUACUACCGGAGGAUUCGCCGGGGAAAGCACCGGUCCCCCCCGUGCCCACCGUCAAAAUGGAGACUGUCUGCUAAACACAACUGAGACGAGCGACAAUGCGAAAGUCAGGCCCGGAUACAAAAGUCCAGACCCCGAACGAGCGAAAUAAUGGCAAUGGGCAGCUCAGCAGAGGAAAAAAAAUCAUAAAAAGCAGCUAAAGCUGGAGUUUCGAGCGGGGCACACACUUGCGCAAUCGCAGCAACAACAAAAGCAAGCUGACCAGCUAAUUGUGUGAGUUGAGUGUGUGUGUGUGUGUAAGCGUCUUGCGCGUGAUUUUGAAAUCGGCCAACAACCGCUGGGGAACAAAAAGUACUCCGUAUGCGAGUCUGCCAGUUUGCCAGUAUUCAACUUCAAUUUGAGCCAGCACAAAAGAAACGUAUUAUUUUAUUCAUCAUCAACGCAACGCAGCGCAAAAGCAGUAAAAGCAGAAUAACGGUAGAGCAGUUCGGGUCACAUUAACACGUUCUAAUUGGACACUCUGGUCAGUGUUGCGAAAUGCUUGCGGCUGGCAAUGGAAUGUGCAGCCAAACAGGAAUUCACAAUAGACAAAACAAAGCAGAGCUAUUGUUGCUCUUUCACUUCCAAGCAACAACACAAUACAGUGCAUGUGUAUGUGUGGCAACCACAAGGAAUUUGCUGUUGAGGCACUUUUGUUGUUUAGUAAGAUCGCUGCUCUGCUUUUUCUGACUGAAAUCUCAAGUGUGAGAAAAACAGCAGGCAUGACACACACAUCUAAAUAGAUGUUUAACAUUUAAAUUAGCUGAUUCUGAUUGGUAUUCCUCGAUCUCCAUUGACUCGACACACUGCUUGCAUUGCAUCCAGCUUGUGUGUGCGUUUGACAUUUCCCAAUAUUAGUUUUUUACUGGAAGAGCAAUGCUGACUGGAACUGUUUUUAUGUUUGCCUCAUCAUUUUUUUUUCCACCGAAACAUUUCUGAAUGUUUUCUUAUGUCUAAAGUAAACAAGCGAAAUUUAUUUACUUGAAGCCAUAAACAGAAACCCUACGCAGACGCACGCACACCGACACGCGGAAACAAUCAAAUUGAUCAUCGAAAGUUCAACAAUAUUUAUCGAUCAAGGUUAAAUGGUGAAAAAGAAAGCGUGCUUAAUUAAACAACGAGAAGCAGUACACAGACACACUCACUCAGACGUACUAGCAAGCAGUGCCGUUGUCCUUGCUCCUGCUUGUGGCGCCGAAUUCAAAUGUAUUCCCCAUCACCCAUCCCCCACGUAUUUUACGUAUAUUAGGUAUUGAAAACGCAGAAACUACAAUGCAGUACAAUUAUUAUUUCUUAUUAUUUGUAUUUAAGCAAUUUUUUUUGGUAAUUAACUAAUCUUAAUUUAUUGCUCGGUUACAUGUACACGUCCAACGUGCGUGUAGCUCUCGUAUUAUGUAGUAGAACUUCCAAAGUGUUCAGGCCAAAAGUAAUUCUCCCCGUACUAAAGAGCGAUCACACCGAUGUCGGUAGGAGCAGAGUGUUUAUAUAUGUUUAAUUGUACAUAAUCCACGAGCAAAUAUGCUUCAUCUGCAUGUAGUUUGUAGUUUUUUAGCGAAGCAACGAAUCGAAUAUGAAAUUAUUGACUGAAAAAAGGCAGCGAAUACUUUACACCCGCAUAGAUUGUAAUUUUGAUACUAACUUUUGACUACUGUAUAUAAACGUAUUUUGUACACCCUACUUGUUAAGCGAUUUACAUCAAAAAUAUGACCCCCCGAACUGGAGAAACCUCGAUUGUCAUCCUUACUGUCCCCCGUAACCCGUAACCCACAACGAAUAGCCACUAAGCCCUAGUUUGUAAGGCGAUGUAGACCAAACUGUUGUCACUAAACCCAUUACUAAAACGACUGAAGAGUCUGCGAAUCCACUUAGUCAGUUGCCCCGUCGCCCAAAAGCGAAUUUCGACGAAUUCCCCCGAGAGCAAGAGUAUUUUAACGAUAAUUAUCAUAUAAUGUAUGGCAUUCAUAAGGAAUAUAUCAAUAAUUCGCUUUUGGAGGCGUGACCGCCUCACCGCCCCUCGCUAUUAAUUUAUGGCGCAGAGCGGGAACAUUUUAUAGAUAAACAUGCGGAACAGAAUUGUCUGAACUGGCAAUUAAAUGAAACCGAAACUGAAACUUGGCAUGAAUGUGCAGCUAUAUAGAAUAGAUAUAAACCGAUGUACCCCGAUAUUCACACAAUACGCCCGCAAGUCCACACACAAACGAUGAUGAUGAUGAUGGCAAUUGCCAUUUUGACCAAGCAACCACUAAACUAUUUAUACUUACCGUACAAUAAAGCUUUUUGGCAAAUGUCAAUGAAACUGAGCGAACAAAGAACCAGCAAUGUCUUUUCAAUUGUCGCCAGCGAAGGCAUCCCAUGGUGCUCCUGUGGUGACCCACUUCGCACUCGGAUGCCCUGAUCCUAAUAAACCUCUGUCGUCGUGGGACUGGGACCACAAUCUUCUAUCGCCGCCUCCAGCAGUUUGUCAACUCUUCCCCUUUUGUAUGCAAAUGAGCCUCAGGCACAGUGGGUCGCACACACACGAUCCGCUGUUCAAUUUGUUUGGUCUCAUACACACAUCAUUUCAGGAACUCUAUUUGCAGUGGCUAACUUGUUGAAGACUAGAUUGUAUUGCCAUAAUAUGAGUUGUUGUUCGACCUAUAUUGAGUUCAAAACUUUGGUACUUACUUUUUGUUCCUUUUCAUUAGUAUUUCUGAAUUUGUAUGAAUCAGGUGCACAGAAAUUUGGUUCGUUUGUUUGCCAAAUGAAUCACCAAAAAAGCCUGAAAUGUUUUCAGGUACCUUUGUACUUUUCCAUGAUAAUUGUGUAAAAUAUAUUAUUAAUAAAUAUUAUUGUUAAUUAUUCUACUUGGAAAUGGCCGGAAUUAAGUAAGAUUUUAUUGCAAGCUCCUUAAUGGUAAUUAGUUUGCAAGCAAUACAUCCCACAGUGCUCAGGUGUGGCUUUUAUUUACAGUUUGUGGUGCAAUCAACCUUUAAGCAAUGUUGAGAGAGCAAAAACCGGUUAAAUAUUUCAAAUACGCCGGCACUCAAUAUCGCCGUCAUCACGUCUUCAAAUAGCAAAGUAAAUAGACGGAGUGUGAUGCAAAAAAAAACUGUAGGGUUUGCAUAUUGGCCAUGCUAUCGACCCAAAACUUUGAUUGAGUCAAUUGCCUACUGAAUCACCAUUCCGACAAUGUUAUCGCUGGGAAACUUUGCAUUUCAGGACCUAAACUAAGCUAGACUUUUUACAAAUACAAACUCUUAAAUUGGUUUUUAAUUCCGUAACUUUGUAUACAAAACAAUAUUCGUAGCAUUAGGUUCGAGGUGCUAAUAUAUUUAGUUUUAUUUUUAUUACACAUUUAAAAAUUGUAGUUGCAAAUUUGGCAAUGCAAACUGAUGUUUAAUGAUUAAAAUGGCUUUCACCACUCAAAA